GCAAUAUCGAUACGACUGGCGUUCGACUACCAUCCGACCUGUCGCUCUCCUAAGCCUCUGCUGCUUUAUCACGGUAAUCCGACGAAGUCGCCAAGAUGGGAGAGUGGCUGAAUCCUGACGUUGCCAAAAUAUGCGUGGCCGCGGGUCUUGCCGCCGGAACGAUGCUCUUCGCGUCGAUACCGGUGCUGCUUUCACAACGAUCAGAGAACCAACACAGCGGCGUGCGACACGUGCUGUCAGGCCUUUCGUGCUUGGGCGGUGGAGUCUUCCUGGGGACAUGUUUCCUACACUUGAUACCGGAGGCGAUAGAGAAGAUGGAGCGAGCGCUCGCCUGCAGCAGCGACAAAACGAAUGGAUUCCCGGUGGCCUACGCGCUCGUCAUUGCGGGAUUAUUGUUGGUCCUGAUCAGCGAGCAAGUCAUCCAGAAAUUCAACAAAGGCCAGAUAUCGUUGGGCCACUCGCAUGGACGGCCGCGAAACAACAUCGACGCGGAACGCCCGAUGGAGACGACGCUCGACGAGUCCGACGACGAGGAUCGAAUGACGACAGUUUCGAUGCAUGGUGACCCGGGUAGUCACAAACCUUUCCGGGCUUUCGUGUUGGUUUUCGCACUGUCCCUGCACAGUUUCUUCGAAGGGCUGGCUAUAGGCCUGCAGCAAAACACUCAGGACGUCUUGAAGUUGUUAGGUGCUAUCGUCGUACACAAGAGCGUGAUCGCUCUGACAUUGGGAACGAAUUUGGUGUCGACGACUACUCUGAAGUCUUGUGGGCUUUUCUCUGCCAUAGCAGUCUUCUCGGCCAUGGCUCCUAUCGGAAUCCUGGCGACGCUCUUACUCAGCGAAGCCCCGCCGCUUGUGAGCGGCGUACUUCAGUGCAUAGCGGCGGGUACAUUCGUGUACAUCACUUUCUUUGAAAUACUGCCUCAUGAGCUGAACUCGGAGAGUACCGGGGGCUCGAGGCUGUUCAAGACGAUGAUGUUACUGAUCGGAAUCGGUCUCAUUGUGGCACUGAUUAUCGCUUUCCCCGAAGACCACCACGACGAUGACCCGCACUGCCCUAACACGACGACGACCACGACGACGACGAGACCGGACGUGUUUUUCACCGCUCAGAGCUGAAUAAUCACAAUAUUCUCGGGGCUCUGAACCAUUCCGUGAUCGGGCGAAGGUGUCGUCUCGUCUGCCCGUUUGUUAAUCCACCGCCAGACUCGUGUCAAGCAUUAGGAAGAGGGGUCGCGAUUUGGGCUUUAAGCUUCGUCGUAAUGAGAUCGAGAUUUAUUCUUUGUUAAUCAAACAAUGAGAGUGAAAAGUAAAACACAUCUGUUGGU